CGUAGUGUAUACAAAUCUUGUAAACUAUGACACUUGUAGAAGCAGAGAAAAAUUGAAAGAAAAAAAAAAGCAAGAAGAAAGAGUUGUGAAAGGCCAAAUCUAACAGAAGAAGGCCGAGAAGAAGCUGCAGGCAGAACGAUUAAGUGUGUGUUGGUGUGUUUGUUUUGUUUUGGUGGUGGUGAAGAGUGAUGACGACGGCGGCGAAUAGCCAAGUGUUGAAGGUGAACAGAGAGAAGCUUGUAGCAUGCAUGACAUGUCCUCUCUGUAAAAAGCUCUUUAGAGAUGCCACCACCAUAUCUGAAUGCUUGCACACCUUUUGCAAGAAGUGCAUAAGUGAGAAGAUAACAGAAGAGGGCCUGAAUAGCUGUCCAGUUUGUGACAUCAAUCUGGGUGGUGCACCAUUGGAGAAACUCAGAGGAGACAGCAAUUUGAGAGAGCUAAGGUUCAAACUCUUCCCUUCCAGAAGAAUUAACUCUGGUGCCCCCGAAGCUGUGUGCUCAAUCCCAUUGCCAGCAAGAAGAAAAGAGAGAUCUCUGUCUUCAUUAGUGGUCAACACACCUAAAGUACCAGCCAAGCCUAGCCUUAAUGGAAGAAGAUCAAAGCCAGGUCCAAAAAAGCAUUCUGCUUUACAAGAAUCUGAUCUUCGCAUUCAGGAACCUGUUCAGGACAUUGAAGAUCACCAUGAGAGUAUAAGCUCACCAGAGAUUAUUAGCAAAAUUGCACUACAUAAAAGGCAGGAAAAGAUAUCUUCUGCUGCUGAAACAUCGAACCAGCGUACACCAGAUAAAGAUACAGAGGAGAAUACUGAAACUUUGGAUGGGAAAGCUGAUUUAUGGAAACCCUUAAAUUUCUUGGUGGAUGCUGCAAGCAAAACAAAGUCUAACAAGUCUAAUUCACAAACCAGUGUUGCCAAAACAGAAUUUGCUGAUGCCAAUGAUAAUAAACGACUCCUUAAGGCCAAAGUAAAGGAAUGUGGUAAUGCAACAAAGGGCAAUGAUAAUGAAAAUGAUGCAAUUCCUGGGCCAUCAUCUUCAGGGAAACCAAGAAAAUCUCAAGGCCGACCAAAAAAAGCAGCUGCCUCUGAGGUGUUCAAUGUUUCAGCACAAUCUGUGGUGGACACAAACAGCAAACAUGAUGGAAGAUUUGGCCCCAUUUGGUUCUCCUUGGUUGCUUCUGAUGACCAGGAAGGAGAUGCACCCCUCCCUCAGAUAUCUUCAUGCUACUUAAGGGUUAAGGAUGGCAGUUUGCCUGUUUCUUUCAUAAAAAAGUAUCUGGUGAAAAAACUCAAUCUAGCUAGUGAAGCCGAGGUGGAGAUCUCAUUGCAGGGUCAGCCAUUGCUUCCUACGCUGCAGCUUCAUAACUUAAUAAAUUGGUGGGUGCAGACAGGCUCAACAUCUGAAAGAAUACAGACCUUUGUUGGUGGCUCAGCUAAAGAUUUUGUGAUGGUUCUGUCAUACGGCCGGAAAGCUUAACCCCUGUAAACAUGUAACAGCAAUGCUUACUGCAGUGAUGGGGGUUGGAGGUCUGAGAAGCAACAUUUUUCCCAGCAUGCCUUUUCUUUUUGAAAGUUGGAAUUCUCCUAUCAAUUUUGUUUUCUAUGUUCAACUUGCAUAUAAUGUAGCAAAAUAUUCAGGGGAAAGGUGGUAGACUAUGAUCAAAUACAUACUGAACUAACAUAAAAAGGAAAUAUUCACCUUCUCAUCCUUGCUUUA